GAGUUUUACUUGAAUCUUGAAUGUCGAACAUUAUACCUACCCGCUUUACAAAAGAGAACAUCAUACUUACCCCCCAAAAAAGAAUGUCGAACAAUACGCUUGUCUUUUGCUGCUAACAUGUUCAUCAGAGUUGCUUCUCACUUUUAUUUUUUAGGGUAGUUUCAUCUCUAGUGCUAAAAAUCAUCAGGUUGUUAGAGACAUGAUUCUGAAGCACUUCUUUUCUAGAGUGGCAAUCAACAAUAUUUCAAGACUUAAUGGAAGAAUUCCAUCUCCAUGCUCUUAUAUUUACAGAAAUGUGUCCACCAUUAGUACUACCAUUUCACCCUCCAUUCAUUCACCAAAUAUUUGGGAUGCUACUCUGUUGCCAAGUCCUAAAUUUCCAAAACCCCAUCUAUCUUUCAUCAAAUAUGUCCAUUCUGAUCCAACUACAAAACUGAAUAACUUGGGCAGUGACCCGAAUCUUGAGUCUGAAGAAGCAGAGGAGGAUGGAACCACGAAUGAGUUCUUGUCUCGAUUUGUGUGGAUAAUGCGUGGAAAGCUCAGUGAAGUCUACCAUGACUGUGAUAAGAAGACAAUUGAUAACAUGCUGUUAAUCAUUGUUGGAAAGGUUCUAUCAGAAAUGGAGAAGGGUGGCCUCGAGCAAAUGCUUGGUAUGGCAGUGGCUACCCCAUCUCAGGACUUCAGUGAGGAUCUCUGGAGGACAGUCUGGGAGGUUAGCAAUGAUGUCUUAAAUGACAUGCAGAUGGCAAUGAAGAAGGAAAAAAUGAAAGGGUUUCUUCAAUCUGAAGAAGUAAAGGAAAUGUGUAGAUUUGCAGGUGAAGUGGGUAUUCGUGGGGAGAUGCUGAGAGAGCUGCGCUUCAAGUGGGCUCGUGAGAAAAUGGAGGAGAGUGAAUUCUACCAGAGUUUGGAGCAUCUUUGCAAGGAAGAAGCCCAGGACCAAAAAGAAGAAGAUGAAACAAUUCAGAAGAAAACUGAAACCAUGGAUGAAGUGGCUGUUGGGAAUGAUUUUGUUGUGGAUCAAGAGAAAUCUAAGGUUGUUUCCUUACCAAGGAGACAUGGGAAGAUAAAAUACAAGAUUUACGGUCUUGAUCUCUCCGAUGCAAAGUGGGCUGAGGUGGCUGAUAAAAUACACGAGACUGGGGAGAUUCUCUGGCCUCAGGAGCCUAAACCAAUUUCUGGGAAAUGCAAACUGGUUACUGAAAGAAUUCUUUCAUUAAAGGAGGAGGAUGACCCUGCUCCACUGUUGGCUGAAUGGGUAGAGCAUCUCCAGCCUAACAGGACUGACUGGAUUUGUUUGCUUGAUAGAUUGAAAGAAAAGAAUGUCCGGCUACACUUAAAGGUUGCAGAGCUUGUUCUUGGAGAAGAAUCUUUUCAAACUAACAUCCGUGACUACUCAAAGCUCAUUGAGGCUCAUGCUAACGAGAACCAUUUAGAAGAUGCUGAAAGGAUUCUCAAGAAGAUGAAUGAAAAAGGCAUCCUGCCUGACGCGAUCACAUUCACUGUAUUGGUUCACAUGUAUAGCAAGGCAGGUAAUCUUGAACGAGCAAAAGAGGCAUUUGAAAACUUGAGGAGCCAAGGCUUUCGAGCUGACAUGAGGGUUUACAACCAUAUGAUAAUGGCAUAUGUCAAUGCUGGGCAACCCAAACUGGGUGAGUCGUUGAUGAGAGAGAUGGAGGCAAGGAAUAUGAAACCUACAAGGGAGAUUUAUAUGGCAUUGCUUCGUUCAUUUUCCAAGCAUGGUGAUGUUGGUGGAGCCCAACGAAUUGCAACCACAAUGCAGUUUGGGGGGUUCCAGCCUAGUAUGGAGUCGUGUACAUUGCUUGUCGAAGCAUUUGGGCAAGCAGGUGACCCCGAUCAGGCAAGAAGCAACUUUGACUACAUGAUAAAACUUGGUCACAAGCCUGAUGAUAGGUGCAUUGCUAGUAUGAUUGCAGCUUAUGAGAAGAAGAACUUGUUGGACAAGGCAUUAAAUCUUCUGCUGGAGCUUGAGAAGGACGGACAUGAGCUGGGGGUAGCUACUUAUAGUGUUCUGGUGGAUUGGAUGGGAAAACUGCAGCUGAUUGAUGAAGCCGAGUACCUAUUGGGCAGGAUUUCCGAGCAAGGGGAGUCUCCUCCAUUUAAUGUUCACAUAAGCCUUUGUGAUAUGUACUCAAGGGCAGGAGAUAAGAAAAAGGCUCUUAAAGCCCUGGGUGUUGUUGAGGCGAGGAAGGAACAGUUGUGCCAAGAGGAGUUUGAAAGGGUUAUAAAUGGGCUUAUAGUUGGUGGAUUUGUCCAGGAUGCUCGAAGGAUACAUGAAGUAAUGGAGACGCGGGGUUUUGCAGCUUCAGAGCCGCUUAAAGUAGCCUUGAUGGCAUCCCAAGUCAUAGGCCGCAAGAGACAACCAAUGAGCAUCCAGAAAACAACGUACAGGCAUCUGUUUGGUGGCAGAGAAUAUGAAAGAGCAAGUAAAACCUGUUAGAAUAUCCCAGCCAGAUCCACUAGAAUCCCCGCCAGAUAUUUUAGAAUGUUCUGUUGAUAGAUGUUGUAGGAUUACAUACAAUACAUGCUUAAUUGGAUCUCUAUCAUUUAUUGGUGGUUGGAUCUAAGAUUUUAUUAUCAUUAGUACUGGACUACAUGAAUCGAAUAACACACUAGCUUUUUUCUUCAAAAUUUCUUCUCUGCUUCUUGUACAGUUGUUCUAGUCUUCUUCACGUUCCCACACUCGUAUCUUGCUAGUUAAUCUUACUCAUGUACACUCGUAUCUUCCAU